GAGUUCUAAAACUAUCAAAAAAAAAAAAAAAAAAAACAACAACAACAAAGAGAUACUAACAUGGAGGUGGCCAAGCUUCUAGGCUUGCCAGCACUUUUGUUUCUCUUGGUCCUUUGUUUUCAGCUGAUAAGAAAGUUUGUGAAACUCGGAAAGAAGCCAAAUCUUCAUCUUCCCCCUGGAAGCUUAGGAUGGCCGAUAGUCGGAGAAACCUUUGAGUUUAUGCGCGAAUCUAAGAAGGGAAACAUGUCAAGGUUCACACUAGAGAGAAUGGAGAAAUAUGACUCCAGAGUGUUCAAGACUUCAUUUCUUGGAGAUCCAAUGGCUGUGUUUUGCGGCAUGGCCGGGAACAAGUUCUUGUUCAGCAAUGAGAACAAACAUGUCCAACUAUGGUGGCCCUCUUCAAUAAGGAAGCUGUUAAGGACAUCUCUGGUUACUAAGAUUGGUGAAGAUGCAAAGUUGACUAGAAAGUUGCUACUGAGCUUUCUUAGUGCAGAAGCACUCAGAAAUUUCGUGCCCAAAAUGGAUAGAAUUGCUCGGAGCCAUUUAAACACACAUUGGAAAGGAAAGGAGCAGGUGAUUGUGUAUUCCACAACACAGCUAUACACAUAUUCAUUGGCUUGUUGCUUAUUUUUGAGCAUUGAAGACCCUGCCCAUGUAUCAAAGUUUUCAUCCAAGUUUGAAGGGCUUGUGAAAGGCAUGCUUGGCUUCCCCGUCAACUUGCCCGGAACAAAAUUCCAUCAAGCCGUGAAAGCCGCAGACGAAAUAAGGAAAGAGAUUAAAAUGCUUGUAAGGCAAAGGAAAGUGGAUUUGGAAGAGAAGGCGUCUGCAUCACCUAGCCAAGACCUUUUGUCACAUUUGCUUGUCACACCUGAUGCCAGUGGAAGAUUCAUGCCCCAAGAGGAGAUCAUUGACAUCAUGCUACAGCUGCUUUUUGCUGGCCACGACACUUCUCGGUCGGCCUUAUCGUCUAUCAUGAAGUAUCUUGGCGAAAUGCCUCAAGUUUAUGAACAGGUUUUGGAAGAACAACUCAACAUAAGCCGAGGGAAAGGGACAGGGGAGUUGUUGCAAUGGGAUGAUGUUCAGAAAAUGAAGUAUUCUUGGAAUGUUGCAUCUGAAGUCAUGAGGCUAUCACCACCUGUUGCUGGUGCUUACAGAGAAGCAACAGGGAAUUUUACCUUUGCUGGCUAUACCAUUCCUAAGGGCUGGAAGUUGAACUGGACCACUUUCUCGACACACAUGGAUCCGGCACACUUUCCGAAUCCCAAAGUUUUUGAUGCAUCAAGGUUUGAAGGGGAAGGUCCUGCACCCUAUUCAUAUGUUCCAUUUGGAGGAGGGCCUCGAAUGUGUUUGGGACUAGAGUUUGCAAGGCUAGAGAUACUUGUGUUCAUGCAUCACAUUGUGAAACACUUCAAGUGGGAUUUGGUGAAUCCAAAUGAGAAGUUUAAGUAUGAUCCCUUGCUUGAGCCAGAAAAUGGACUUCCAAUUCGGCUUCACCCUCGCCCUGUCUAACCAAGUUGUCAUCUGUUUUGUCAAAACUUAUUUGGAUCUCUCUGUACUCAGCAAAUACUCUAUUUUUCAUAAUGCUAUUGUUUAAGUUUAUGGCAAUAUUUUCUGUUGAAUGAUGUAUACAAUAGCAAUUUCUAUGGCGGCUUUUGUUAAGUUAGGGUCCACAAUUUAAUUUUUUUAU